GGGCAGAACAGUGAGGUGAAGCAAAGGGCCGAGCUCACUGUUUUGGCACGGCCGGGUCGAGGCUGUUCUGGGCACGGGCACGAUUCUUUUUGUCCUACAUUCUUAUCUCGUAAUGGUACAGUACUGGCCCUGUCUUCCUUCCAGCAGGGUGGUUACCGUGUUUUUGUUGGUUACUUUGACCAGAGGAGUGGUGUACAGCAUUACAGAAGACUCAGGAGAAGUUCUUUAGGGUAUUCUUGAAAAUUGUGCUUGCAGGCAAUUUGCUUGUGACCCAAAUUCUUAACUCGCAAUACGACUGGUGUGACCUUGGGGUUUUAUUCCAGAAGGGUGAUUUUAGUGCUUUCUUUGUUAAUAUUUGACCUGAAAUAAUGUACAGCAUUCCUGGAUCUAAAGAAUGCACAUGAUAGGGAAGUACUGAGAGAUGUUGCGUCUCAUAACCCUUGACAUGACCAACACCAUCCUCAAGUUUCGAAAGCCUCCUGGAGAGCAGUAUGCAGCUGUAGCAAAACUCUAUGGACUGGACUCUGAUCCUCUUAAGCUCACCCAGGCCUUCAGGUUGAGCUUCAAACAACUUGAACACGAGGCACCAAACUUCGGCGUAGGAGGCAUCGGUUGGCAGAAGUGGUGGCUAGGUGUGGUGAGGCGCACCUUCACGUCUGCUGGCUGCUGCGCUGACUCCUCCAGUCUUGAUACCAUUGGCCACCACCUCAUCAGACAUUUCUCUGGUGGAAAUGCUUAUGAGCUCUUUGAAGGCAGCACUACACUGUUAGAGGACAUAAGAGGAAGAGGUGUUGUGCUUGGUGCCAUAUCCAACUCUGAUGAGAGGUUAGAGGGUAUCUUGCUCCAUCUGGGAGUGAGACAUUAUUUUGACUUUGUCCUCACUUCUUAUGCAGCCAAAGUUGCCAAGCCAGAUCCAAGGAUUUUCCAGCAGGCAUUAUCAUGUGCAGGAAACAACAUUACCUCCUCAGAGGCACUUCACAUAGGUGAUGACCUUCAGCGAGACUACCUGGCAGCACAGAGGUGUGGGUGGCAGAGUGUGCUGGUGUCCAGCAAGCUGCACCAGGUGUGUCGAGAGGCAGGGGUGACUGUGGAUGAUGCUUCGAUGGUCACCUGCCUCACUGACCUGCAUUCACUCCUAGACAGAUACACAACAUCAUAG